AUGGAACGAAGAGAGAUGGUGGGAGUGGGGUGGUGUUGGUGGCAAUGCAGCGGUGGCGUAGGGCGGUGUGGCGGUGAACCGUGGUUGGCGCGGUGGUGGUUUGGUGGUGCUGGGUUAGGGUUGGGGUACAGGGAGGGAAAUGGGGGUUCGAGGGUUGUGGGGCGGAGGGUGGUUGUGAUGGUGGGAGGUGGUGCUGCGGGCGGACGGUGGUGGUUCGCGGUGGGGGGCAGUGGCGGAGGGAAAGAAGAGAGGGAAGGAAGAGGGGAGAAGGAAGAAGGGGAGGGGGUGGGCGUCGCGUUGGACUGGGUAGUUGGCACUGGUGCGGCGGCCAAGGGUGGUUGGCAGUGGCGAUGGGUGCAGAGGAAGGAGGGAGAGAAAAAAGAGGGGGUUGGGGAAGGAGAGUGGUGA